AUCUCUCGUGCUGCUUCUGCUCAGACAACAGGAAUCAAACACCGAGAGAGGCUUUUCCCACCUCUCCUAUCAGAAAGCGAGCUUCGGCUGAUCAGUAGGCGUGUGUUUGACGACGUAGGUGGGCUGCGACGUGGCUUCCUGAUGGCGCCGGUAGUAAGGAGGAGAGAGUCUUUGGGCCAAAAGAGGAAUGUGGGAGCGCAGAAUUUGCCAGUUCAGCGUGGUCGGAAACAGCCAUGGAGACAAGAUCCAUGUGCGGUGAGAGGGAACGUCCAGGAGGGACAAGGAUUCGCCUUUUGGAGAAAGCAAAAGAUUCAACGUGAUUAUAAGAAGUUAUUGAAAAAAGAAAAAUAUGCUAAUUCCCAGAAGAGUGUUGGGUAUACAGAGAAUUACCCAGAACACUUGAAGCAUCUUUAUUUAGCUGAAGAGGAAAUGCUUAAAAAACAACAGAAACCUAAAAAUAGUGGUCCUCUUCUAUUGGAAGAAACAAGUUUCAGUACAGCUGACAACAAUAUCACAAAGAGAAGGCAUAAAACAAAAACUUCAAACCAGAAAGCAAAAGAAGAAUAUGAACAAAUAAAGGCUAAGAGGGAUGCGAAAAAAGAGGCUGCCAGAAAAAGGAAGGAAGAGAGAGAGAGAGCUCAGAAGCUUUACAAACAAAAGAAAAUGGAAACAUAUAAGAUAUUAAGUAAAAGGACUAGAAAAGGACAGCCAAAUCUAAACUUGCAGGUGGAGCACCUCCUUCAGAAGAUUCAGCAGAAACCAUGAACAUUUAUUUUUAAAAUGGGUGCUAAUAAAAAUACUCAGUGUAAUUGAAAUUAUUUAUCACUGCCUCUAGGAUCAAUCAGUCCUCUCAAUUUUUUUUUAAUAUAGAUUGCACACAAGAGAAGUGAGUGGCCUGCUCUAUCCCCCCCCCCCCCCGGGGAAA